AUGGCAACACAUUAUUUGUCACCAUUAAUAUUAUGCAUUAUUUUGGCCACUCUUGUCUCCAUCGUCGGAGCAAAAGUCCCGGCGAUUAUAGUCUUUGGUGACUCUUCCGUAGAUUCCGGCAAUAACAACUUCAUACCAACAAUGGCCAGAGCCAAUUUCGAGCCUUACGGUCGUGACUUUCCAGGUGGACGCGCCACCGGCCGCUUUUGUAACGGUCGUCUCUCUUCCGAUUUCACUUCCGAGGCUUAUGGCCUCAAACCGACAGUGCCAGCCUACCUUGAUCCGUCUUACAAUAUCUCUGAUUUCGCCACCGGAGUUUGCUUUGCGUCCGCUGGCACCGGCUAUGAUAACUCCACCGCGGAUGUGCUUGGCGUGAUUCCAUUAUGGAAAGAAGUAGAGUACUAUAAGGAAUACCAAAGCAAACUUUCAGCCUAUCUUGGCCACCGUAGAGCCGCCAGAAUCAUCAGAGAGUCUCUCUACUUAGUCAGCAUAGGAACCAACGAUUUCCUUGAGAACUACUUCACAUUACCGGAUAGGAGAUCUCAAUUCAGCAUCAGUCAGUACCAAGACUUUCUGAUUGAGAUAGCCGAGGUGUUCUUAAAGGAUCUUUACAGACUCGGAGCUCGCAAAAUGUCUUUCACAGGAAUCUCGCCAAUGGGAUGUCUACCAUUGGAGAGGGUGACGAAUCUUGACGACCCUUUUAGCUGUUCUCGGAAUUAUAAUAACUUGGCUGUUGACUUCAAUGGGAGAUUGAGAAGAUUGGUGAUGAAACUGAAUAGAGAGCUUAUUGGGAUUAAGAUUUUCUUUGCUAAUCCUUACGAUAUUAUUUGGAACAUUGUUACCAAACCUGAUGUUUACGGUCUAGAGGUAUCUAGUUCUGCAUGUUGCGGCACAGGAUUGUUCGAGAUGGGAUUUCUUUGCGGCCGGAACAAUAUGUUAACUUGCAGUGAUGCGAAUAAGUUCGUUUUCUGGGACGCGUUUCAUCCUACCGAGAGGACUAAUAAGAUUGUGUCUGAUUACUUUUUCAAACAUCUCAAGAAUCUGUUUCAUUGAUCAUAAAUUCUUAUUUAAUUUUCUUUAUGAGUACUACCUUUUCAAUCAGUCAGAUACAAUUUCGAAGAUUAGAGCUUUGAAUGGGAUGUGAAGAAGUUGAAAAAAAAUCGAGGAAAUGAAUGGUUGCUUGAGCAAGAAGUAUCAGACAA